CUCCCUCUGACCAGUCGUCUGGAUGCCAACCACAUCUCCAGUGUUCCUCGGGGCUGCUUCGACGGCCUCCAGUCUCUACGUCACCUGUGGCUGGAUGACAACUCCCUGACAGAGGUGCCAGCUGAUGCCCUGGGGGCCCUGUCCUCCCUGCAGGCCAUGACCCUGGCUCUCAACAGAAUCACACAUAUACCUGACCGGGCCUUCACUAACCUCUCCUCCCUGGUGGUCCUGCAUCUCAAUAACAAUAGAAUCCGCACCCUGGGAACGCAGUGCUUUGACGGCCUUCACAGCCUGGAGACUCUAGAUCUCAACUACAACAACCUGGAAGAGUUCCCUAUUGCAAUCAGAGCCCUGAGCACCCUGAAGGAGCUGGGUUUCCACAGCAACAACAUCAAGUCCAUCCCCGAGCAGGCCUUCACUGGACACUCCACUCUUCUGACAAUAUUCUUCUACGACAACCCCAUCCAGUUUGUUGGCCAGUCGGCUUUCCAGCACCUCCCUGAGCUGCGGACACUAUCUCUGAAUGGUGCAGCAGAAAUCACAGAGUUCCCGGACCUCACUGGCACUAAGAGUCUUGAGAGCCUGACCAUCACUGGAGCUCGCAUCACAUCCCUACCCACCACUGUGUGUGACCAGCUACCCAACCUGCAAGUGCUAGAUCUGUCCUACAACAUGAUCCAGGCUCUGCCCAGCUUCAGAGGAUGUGAGAAGAUUCAGAAAAUUGAUCUGCACCACAAUGAAAUUGAAGAGCUGCAAGCUGACACAUUCCAGGGACUGACUUCCCUACGGUCUCUUGACCUGGCUUGGAACAAGCUGUCCUCUCUGAACCCGCUCUCCUUCUCCAGUCUGCCUGCCCUCAUCAAACUUGAUCUUACUUCCAACCGGUUGUCCUAUCUGCCUGUAUCUGGGCUCCAUGGACUCACACACCUCAAACUAGCUGGCAACGAGGACCUGCAGGAGCUACUGCCUGCUGAGAGCCUCCCCAAACUGAGGGUGAUGGAGCUGCCCUAUGCCUUCCAGUGUUGUGCCUUCGUCUCCUGUGAGAAACACUCCUCUCCCUGGGACAGAGACAAUAACCACAACGGGAAGGAUGACUUCGGGAGGAGGGAGGGCAUCUUGUCUAACCAAGACCACGAGGACCUUCUGUUGGACUUUGAUGAUGAGCCCAAAUCCCACCACACUGUCCAGUGCUGUCCCUCCCCAGGUCCGUUCCGUCCUUGCCACCACCUGUUUGGCAGCUGGUUGAUCCGUGUUGGUGUGUGGGUCAUUGCUACUCUCUCCCUGGUCUGCAACACACUGGUGAUGGUCUCCAUCUUUCUCUCCCCGUCCUUCCUGUCCCCUGUGAAGCUGCUGAUUGGCCUGCUGGCUCUGGUAAACAGUCUGAUGGGGCUGUGGUCUGCCACGCUGGCCACCGUCGAUGCCUUGACCUUCGGCAGCUUCGGCCGCUACGGGGCGCGUUGGGAGAGCAGCACGGGCUGCAAGCUGACCGGCUUCGUCUCCAUCUUCGCUUCUGAGACCAGUAUCUUCUUACUGACUGUGGCCGCCCUGGAGAGGGGGCUGUCGAUACGGAGAGGCAAGGCCGCCGAGGGAAAGACUUCGACAGGCACGCUGAGGCUGGUGGCCGCCUUGUGUUUCCUUCUGGGCCUGGCUAUCACCCUGCUCCCCCUGCUGGGGGACUACGGAGUCUCCUCCAUCUGUCUCCCCAUGCCCUACGAAGAGCCCUCCUCUCUGGGCUUCAUGGUGGCUCUAGUCCUGGUCAACUCCCUAUGUUAUCUCAUCAUGACCGUCACAUACGCCCGCCUCUACUGCAGCCUGGAGAAAGGAGAGCCGGACAACCUGUGGGACUGCUCCAUGAUCCGUCACGUGGCCUGGCUGCUGUUCACCAACUGUCUCCUCUACUUCCCUGUAGCCUUCCUCUCCUUCUCCUCCCUGCUGAAACUGCCCUCAGUAGGGCCUGAGGUGGUGAAGUCAGUGCUUCUAGUGGUGGUUCCUCUCCCAGCCUGCCUCAACCCUCUACUCUACGUCCUCUUCAACCCUCACUUCAGAGAGGACCUGGGCCUGCUCCACAGAAGGACUCGCGGCGCCCUGCACCUCAGCAGACCCCGCCGACUCAGCCUCGUCUCGCUCAACUCGGAGGACGCCGAGAAACAGUCAUGUGACUCCACGCAGGCUCUGGUCACCUUCGGGGUGUCAGAGGAGGAGGAGGAGUCUAGGGGGGCGGGCAGCAACCCAGCGCCGAGGCACACCACCCUCCGUUUGCCUUCAUCCCCUGUCGCUAGGCAGACUAGCGUUCAGGCUUCACUGUUUUUACUCCCAGGGCUGCAGGGCUCUGGGUUCUACCCCCAGUACCCCAUGCCCUAG